GCGCUCUGCACCAAGUCCAAACGCGUCCGGACGUCGAGGAUGGCGUCCCUCUCGCUCCUUUGCCAGCGGUGCACCCGCCCGGCAGUGCUUGCAGCUCAAAGCCUACCAUGCCGGUCCUUCUCGACGACGCCUGCGGCGCUCGCGAAGCAGAACAAGCCCAAGAUCCGCGUGCCGGGGAAGAAAGCCAUGGAGGCCAAGCGGCGGCGCAAGGCAGCUCUCGCGGCCAAGGAGGACGAGAAGCGGGAGAAGCUGCCCCUCGCGGAGGCGAUCAAGGUGCUCCGGGCCGUCGAAGUCGCCUCCCCCAACUGUUCCUAUGAGCUCUUCGUGAAGACGACGCUCGGUAGCGGUAUGGCCGUCCCGAAGGGCCGUGUCAGUCUGCCGCGCGAAGCGAAGCCGCCCAAGGAGGACAAAAUCCUCGUCUUCGCGGAGGGGAAGAAGGCAGAGGAGGCCCGCAAGGCCGGUGCACAUAUCGUCGGCGGGACGGAGUUGAUCGAGGGGAUUGCCAGUAACCGCAUCCGCGCUACCACUAUCCUUUGCACGCCCGACCUCAUCAAGCCCAUUACCCCCCGUCUUGGCCGUAUUCUGGGUCCUCUCGGUCUAUUUCCGUCUGAGCGUCGCGGGACUGUUACGGACGAUAUUGCCGGGUACAUCAAGAAGCUCGCAGGUACCAGCGAGUGGAGGGCAGACAAGGCAGGCAACAUUCGCGCGCCGAUUGGGAUGCUCCACUUCCCCACCGAGGACGUCGUGAACAACUUCCAGCACUUCAUGGCCUCUGUUAAGCGUGCGACAGGGCACAUCCAGGAGCACGGUGAUGGUCGGAGACGGACAGGCGGAGAGGUCAAGCGCAUCAUCCCUAUUGCGAAGGUGAUGCUGAGCUCGAAGAGCGGCCCUGGCAUCCGUAUAGCAGACGCUUGAGAGGUUAGUAUCUUAUCUGUCAUGCCCAAUACUAUUUGGGCGCACGGACGUCUAAUCGCAACUC